GGGCAUUUCAAUAAAAUUAAAAGUGUGGUUUUAACUUAUUUAAUGAAAACAUAUUUUUUAAUUUAAUUAUUUUUUAGAGCAAACAUCUUUUUGCUAAUUUAGUGUGCGAGUUUUUCUUAUUAAAUCAUUUUUCUAAUCUGGAGAUAUUUUAGAAAGAUUCACCGAUAUUAUUAUACUAUCUCCAUUCACAAUAAAUCAUUUAGUUGUUGGCAGACCUCCAUACAUGCUACAGUGUUGAGAAUAGAUAAUUCGUGUUUACCAUAACAAACAAAAUGGCGACAGGCGCUUUCCAACCAGGAACUGGUGUUGCACCUGCUACAUUAGUUGAAGUCUCAGUUUCUUGCAGGUAUAAAUCACAAUCGGAUUUAAAAAAAAUAUCUUUAAGGCUUUAAGGCAUUAAUUUGAUGCUGAUCUGAUAAAAUACUUUUUAUACUAUAUUAUACGAUUAUACAUACUUCACUUAAGUGUAACUUUACUUUACAUAGUCAUAGACAUGAGUGAAAUGACAAAGGUGACAUAAUAACAUAGACAUUUAGUAUAGGCAUGCAGCAUAGUGCGGCAUACUAAUUAGUGAACUUCAAUUUAAGUUUUACUGAAAACUUUUAGUCAAGUUUCCAUAGGCCAUAGAUGGUCGAUAGUCCUGCAUCUGCAUAGUUAUACUUAUACAUAGCCAUGACAAGUGUAAGUGUAAUCUUUUUCCUUUUUGAUCACUUAGUUAACUUAGUAGUGUUUAUUAUAAACUUCUAAAAUUAUUAUUGACUAAUAUGACCCGAUUUUACCUGGAUAAUAAUGAAAUGGUAGGCAUUUUGCGAUACUUUGUACCUGCUAUUGUGAAGUCUCAGCACCUAAUAAUCAAAUUUUUAUGUAAAUAACUGAAACAGGUUUUGAUGUUUGUGUUCUCAUAAAUAAUAAAUAAAAACAACAAAACUAUGAUAAUAUUCCACGUCCUUGAAAUGUAUUUUAAACUACUUUAAGGAAAAAGUUAUUUUAAAAAGAAGCAUCUAAUCUAUGAUUACUAUGAAAAUGUUAAUGUUUCUAAUAUCUUUUAGUUUUGAGAAAUAUUUAACCUUGCACGCCCACGAACUACAAUUUUUAUUCUUUAAAAAUUGUAAAAACAUGUUCUUAAAUUUACAACAAAACAUAUAGUUAUAUCUAUAUACCAUUUUUUAAAUUUCUUUUACAUUAACGGAAUUUUAUCUAUAUUGUCGGAAAAUGGAAAAACACAUAAUUCUUUUUUCUAAAGAAAAAUCUCUUAACCCAUUUUCACGUCUUAAGUGUUUUAAACAAAUUUCAAUGAUCUGUUAGUAAUCUCAAAAAAAUUUACACCCACUUUUUCGUGACCUUUACUUUUCGCAAUUGGAAACUAAAAUAUAUUUCAUAUUUUGAAAGAGACUCUUAACCCAUCUUUGUUCAUGCUAAUGAACUUUAAAGGAAAAAAAUAUGCCUCUAUUUUAAAGAUUACAUUUUCACAUGUAUUAUGGGAUGGUUAUUUGUGUUUUUUUUUGUUAGGUAUGGAUAUACUUAUGUAAAUGUACCAAUGGUUUGUCAAAGCCCUUGAAAUAUAAUAUUUUCUUAAUUCAUAGAAAAAGUAUUUGUUUUUUAAAAGAAAAUGUAGCAUCUCUUUUUCAAGACUUUAUUAUUAUUGGAUUUAAAGAUAUUAUCAUCCACAUAAAAAUUGACACACUAUAUUUUCUCCCCCUGAUACUGAUAUGCAUUAAAUCUUCCUGUUCUGUUUACUGAGAACCAUACUUUCACCAUAUUUCAUAAUUCAACAUGUUCUGGGGGAGUAAAAAAAUAGGCUCAUUCAUAUUGCACCAAACAUGAACAAGAAGCCUUUUGUCAAUGUUAACCACAUGCUUUUGUGAGUAACAAAGAGCAAUAAAAUAAAAAUUAAUUUUUGAAGUAAGAAUAUUACAUUUUGGAUACAUGACAGAUUACAAUUAAUAUAUAGAUAUAUAUAUAAACAUUAAAUAUUUAAGGGUUUAUCCAUAAAUGACGUCACACUAUUUUGACAGAUUUUGGAUCCCCGUCCCACAUGGUCACAAAUUAAUUUGUCACAAAAUUUAGAAUUAAUGCAUUGUAAAAAAAAUUCAUGCCCCCACCCCUAGAUGCUAACAUGUAUCCUUAAAGAUCGUGGGCUUGUCAUCACAGUCCCUACUGAGAGGUUCCAGUGGGGAUGGACACAAAAAGAAGUCUUUGGAGUGCGCUCUUUUGAAGCUAUAGCGCCUAAAUUAUGGAACAGUUUUCCUCAGUCUUUGAAGGGAAUUAAAAAUUAUAAAAAAUCAUUUAAGAGACAUUUAAAGACAUAAAAAAAUAGAUUUUAUGACAUCAGAGCACUUUGAGCAUGCUAAAAUAGCAUGGACACAUGCUCUAUACAAGUAAUCAAUCAAUCAUUAUCAUGAGGUCAUUUAUGGUUUGCCCCAAAUGAUAAAUAUAAAUUAGGUUUAUUUGGUCUUUGUUGUUUUUAGGAAGCUUGUUGAUUCUGAUGUGUUCUCAAAGUCUGAUCCAAGUAAGUUAAUUUUAUUUUUAAUCAUGUAUAGCAUCGGUCAACGACCUAAAGCAUGCAUGCCAGACACGGCAAACAAAUAAAUUUUUAAUGGUACGCAAAAGACCACCAAAAAUAAAAUGACUAAAACUGCAUUUAUAAAGUAGACUUUGAGGUAUUUCAAAAAUUAUUUCUUUACAUGAUAUUACAAAAUUUUGUCAACCCCUGAUGAAUAGAUGUAUUAUUAGUUGAAUAAUUACAUAAAACUUUAAAAAAUCCAAACUUGAUUAAAUAAGCUUAAAUAGGUAAGAAAAAAAUCAGACAUGGGUUUUUUGGCACAUCAUGCAGGGGCGUCCUUCUACACAGGGUGGGGGGAGAAAAGAAUCAGUCGCUUCCAAUCUAUCUGAGCUAGGCCGCGGUUUUGAAUUUCUCUAGGUAGCAAAAUUAAUAUGGGAAAUUAAAACAAUUAAAAAAAUUGCAAAAUGUUGAUUCUUAAAAAUUUUGAACAAUCUCUGCAUUUGAUAAUUUGAUCUUUGGAAAUUGUGAUUAUUAUUAUGAUAAUAUUUAAAUGGUAAAUUGUUCGUUAUCAAUAUUUUUUAUUGACUAGUCAAAAAUGUUCAAACAAUUUUUUAACUAUAAAUUUUUGCAUUACUAAUAUUCAUAGUGAACUCUCGAGUUAUAUGCCAAGCCAACACGGUUUGUUUCAGGCAGCUUAAGGGGAGGGGGGCCCUUUCAAGGAAAAUAACCCUAGAGAAGAAUGUGUAUAAAAUAAAGGAAAAUUUAAUUUAAAAUAAAACACUGAAAUUAUCAUUUUUAUUGUAAAAAUUUAAGAUUAGUAAAUGGUUUCUUUCCUCAAUAAAUAAUUAUUAAUAAUAGGGAAAUAGUGGGACCAAUGAAAGUAGUUAUGCCUCAUAUAUUUGAUAUCAUUCACACUAGGCCCCUAUGUUUUAUUAUUUUUUGCAAUAUUCCGAUUGUAGGCUGCACUACUAGUUUAAAAUUACAUUAUGUUAAUAAGUGUGGUCUUUAUUUGGAACAAUAAAUCAAAAAUAUUUGUAAUAGUAUUUUAUGAAGAAAUAACAAUGUUGACUGUUUCAGUGGUUGUGCUAUUUGUACAGGAUUUCUCAAGUAGAGGAUGGAAAGAGGUAAUAUUAUUUGCAGUAUAAGUUCCAUCUUAACAAAUAAAAAAAAUUAAAUUAAGAUGGAAAACUCUCUCAGAUAUAUAAGUGCAUUUGACCUAAUAAGACACUAUUUGAAAUGAUUGAGUAAUGUUGUUGAUGGCUAUAACUAAUUCACCUGGAUUAUUGUAGCAUAAAAUAAUGUUUUUUUUUUCAAUGAUGAGUGUUGCAAAAUAAAAGCCAAUGAAUCUGCUUCACUACUAUAUUGUUUAUUCUCAUUUUACUUGUAAAUGGCUGUCACUCUAGUGCAUUUUUUCAUUGCAGUCAUUUGUAGGUACUUCAAUUUUAAUUCACCGCAAAAAUUAUCAUUGCUGCUAUUCUAUGUCUAUGCAGUUAUUAUAUCUGUAUUAAUAAAUACAACUGCUUGUGUAGACACCAUGAAUUCUUUGACAAUUUCUGCAUUAGUUCACAAUGAAGUCAGUUGUCUCUUGUUUCUACAACAACAUGGACAUGGUAUUAAACAUGCUGUCAGACGAUGUGCUAACAACCACAAAGUUAAUGGAAUGCCAAUACUUAACGCAUCAAACAUACGUGGCAAUUGGCAAAAAACAGAAAAAAUGGCAAUCACAGAUAUAUGCUCGAUUCUUAUAUGUGUGGGUUCAUUUUGCGUCGACGUGUUAAUGCAAAUGGUUUGAAUGUAUUAAACGCCAUUCUAGACGAUAUUGUUCAAAUUUGGCCACCACAGUAGCGGAGGAUUUUAAAAGAAGUAAACAUGUUUAAAUGCAAAAGAACAUUUGUUUUAUUGGAAGUGUGAAGUAUUUUAAUGGAAAUGUGAAAUAAUGUAGAAUGUACUAUAAUUUUUGCGUUGAGUGAAACGUUUUUUUCUUAAAAGAACAUGUUUUUUGGAAUUAUGAAUAAUAAUAAUUUUUGCUGUGAAUUAAAAUUGAAGUACCCAGUUGUAUUUUCAUGGAGAUAUAUAUAUAUACAGUCACAUAAGCAUGAUUUGAAAUUAUUUUAGGGUGCCUUUUCUUAAAAUAUGUUUUUUUUUUUCAUCCAAAAAUAUGGCACAUUAUCUAAAUUAGCUACCCACUUACCUACUAUAAGUAUAAAUUGGAGAUAUGAAAUUGCUUACUACAGUUUGUCUGGAAUAUCUAUGUUAAUGCAACUAUUUUCACCUUUCUAUACCACUCCCUUCCCUCCAUAACAAAUUUUUAAAAUUUCUUAUAUGGGGACAUUAUUCAUUAUUCAAAACAAUUACGUUUAAAAUGUAUGUUCUCUCAUCAACAAUCAAUGCCCUGCUGCAAUAGCAAAGCUUGUCAGCUUUAAAUUAUGGUAAUAAGGGGGAGAGACUGCAUUCAGGUUAGAAAAAAGGAAAUGAGUGAAACAAAGUAUGAGAAAACCUGAAAAAAAAGGAAGCAACAAAACAAUGAUGUAUUGUUGCUUCCUUUAUUUUAGGUUUUCCCAUGCUUUGUUACCCUCAUUAGCUUUAAAUUUUAAAAAAAUGUGACUGACUUUGAUCUUACUAACGCUUGAGACCAAAGAAUUUACAUGGUUCAUCAACUACUCUAUUUUACAGUUUUAACAGACUUGGUUGAAGUAAUAAAGAAAGAUUUCCUUGCAUUUAUCCGUGAAACUUUAUAUUUUUAUUUAUUUAAGUUUGGAAGGACAGAAAUAAUAUGGAACAACCUUAACCCUGACUUUGUGAAAAAGUUUGUUAUGCAAUACUACUUUGAACAGUCACAGAAGCUCAAGUUUGAAGUGUAAGUUUGAUAUGACAUUAAGCCAUUAAGUGCAACUUACAAUAUGGAAUACAAAAUGUGCAUGUUAAUGGAUAUAUUUUUGAAGAAAUAAUGUAUUCACUGGUGGUGAAGGUCAUCCAAUAUGAUGUCAUCAAGAGGGGGUGGGGUUCGGUUAAGAUUGCGUGAUGAGGAUAAUAGGAUCAAUAAAUUUUAAAUCCUCAUUCAUCUACUCUCUUAAGUAAAUAUGCUUAAUAUGAAUUUAUCGUAUCUGGUGAAUUACAUGUGAAGCAUCUGAAUUUUUAUUUGUUUUUAAUUAUGUUUUACAAAUAAAAUUCUAACCAUGUGUAAAACAGUUCAAUUGGACUUAGAUGCCUCAGGUUCGGCCAUAUUCAAUGAUACAAGAUUUGACAUAUCACUUAAUUUUAAUUAAAUUCUUUUCAUUAUUUCAAAAGUUGGGUUAAAAUUUAAAAUUUAAAAAAUAUAUAUAAAAGAAAACUUUUAAAGAAAUACUUUCUAUCAAAGAUGAGUUAAAAAGCAAUAAAAAGUAGAAAAUAAUUUAAAAUUCUCAAAUGCAUUAUGCAAAGAAAGACUGUGCAGAAGUUUAGAUUAGCUCUCCAUGUAGUCAAAGGAUUCGAAUUGAAUUGAAUCGAAACUUAAAUAAGUUUAAUUUUUAUCAAUUUUUUAAAACAUUUUCUGCACAGACUUUCUUUGUGUACGAAAUUUUAAAUUAUUUUCUACUUUUUAAUGCGUUUUAACUCAUCUUUGAUAGAAAGUCUUUCUUAAAAAAUUAAAUUAUAAAAAAAAAAAAAUUCUACCUUUUAGUAUUAAAAUUGUAAUCUUUAAAUUAUCGACAAAAGUAGCAUUAUUUACUUUUUUUAAGCAUGAAAUGCUUGCAAAAUCUUGGUUAAAGUGACUUAACCUAGGCAUAAAGCUAAAAAGUGGAUUGAGCUCACCCAUCCACUCGUUCACUCAACCGUAAAGCAGACACAAUUAACAACAAUAAUUUGAGUGACAGUGUCAACCCACAUCCGUCGACCCAGUUUUCCAGCCGUCCACCAUGUGAACACUGCACAAGAAAUCUAAAAAUGUCACGUGUGUAAAAAAAAAAAUAAUGCUUCAUCCACACACAAGAUGGGAAUGCGAGUUGAGAGAAAGUUUUUAAAAAUUAGAUCUGAACUCAACCACCUACCUGUUCACUCAGCGCAGGAGACGCUGUCAAACACAAUAAUUUGAGCUACAGUUUCAACCCUCCUACGCCGACCUAGGUGUUGACGCGAUGUUGACACAACUUAUUGCAACAAUGCAAUCUACACCUUUCAGGUUUACCCCUUUACAAGAAAAUGAUCAAAUGAGAAAAAAGGUCUGUUGUAUACAAACAAAAAAAAAUAACACUCCACCCACAUAUCCACAAGAUGGAAAUACAAGUAGAAAGAAAUUAUACAAAACAAAAAAGUAACGCUCCACCCACAUAUCCACAAGAUGGAAAUACAAGUAGAAAGAAAGUAUACAAAAAAAAAAACACUUUUCACAAUCCAAUUUUUCAGUGUAUAAAUUGCAUUGGAGUCAAUUCUUAUUUAUUAAUGUUGAGCUGUAUGCUGUGAUAUUUUAUAUGCUAGCAGUUCAACUUCUUUCAACAGCUAUGAUGUUGAUUCAUCAAGCUCUGAUUUGUCUAAGCACGUGAGCAUUAUUUUGUAUGAUCUUCUUGACAUAGUAUCAAUUUAUUUAAACUCUUGCAAACUGAGAGUCUUAAGAUUAUGGAAUAUUUGGAUAAGCAAUUUUGGUGGAGUCUAGUAAAAAAAAAUAGUCUAAGGCUACACCAGGCAACAGACAUUUUGAAACAACCUCAGUUUUUAUUGUUAUACUGUUACGAUUUAUUGGUAAGAACAGAAAAUUUAAAUAGACAAAAGUUACGCAAUGAAAAAGAACGUAUGACCAAUUUUUAAUUUCUAUUUACCUUAUGGGUAAUGUAAAUAAAAUUAUUUUAAAUUUAUAGUAUGUUGCAUCUUUAUUUUGGAAUACCAUUCGAAGGCUUUAUAAUUACACAGAUGCAUUAUGUUAAAAAGAUUAUUUAUAAUGGCUGUUUUUCUUUAGGAUUUUUUGGGACGAACCGAGUGCACUCUUGGAGAAGUUGUCUCAUCCAACAAGUUGACCAAACAACUAAUGUUAGUUUAAAAAAAAAAUAUUUUAAAGUAAUUAAAUUUACGUGGUUGAGAUUCUUGAUGUCUUGUUUGUAAAUUGUUCUAAAAGACGUGUAUCUUUGUAAGAAUAUUUAUCUCUGCUGAAAAUUAUUAUGUACAUUGUAAUAAAAAAAAAACAUUUCCAUAUCUGUAAAUGAAAUAAAAUAAUCUUAUCUUAUCUUAUUCUUCUGAAACUAUUUCUCAGUGUUUAUUUUUAAAAAAAAUGUUCUUUGUAUUUAAUAAACUCCCCCCUCCUCCCCCCUCUCGCUCUCUCUCUCCCUCCCACAGUGGUCCAAAGAAAGACAGUGGACAGAUUAUAAGUAGGUGAAAAUUUUUAUGAAUGUAGCGGGUUAUUCAGAAGUAAACUAUAAACUACAGGUCUUAGAGAUAUAGGCCUACAUUAUAGCAGUUACAGACACUUAAUGUCAGGCUGUGAUGAAGAAAUUAUUCAUGUGAAUAAUUUAUUUUAUUUAUUUUCCUUUUAUUUUUUUAAUGUGAAAAUAAAUUAUGAAUAUUUAAAAUUGUUUUAUAAAAUAAAAGCAAUAAAGAAAUAAAACUUCUCCUCAGUUGGUGCAGAAGAGAUGAACAGCUGUAAGGUAAUAUAUCUUAAGUGUGUAAUUUGUGGUUUGUUCAUAAAAAACUGCCCAUGAAGCUUAUGGCUCAACAAAAAUGCAGAUAAAGCUCAGCUGAUGCAAUAUGCUUAGAUGCAUCUUGCCUUGAAAAUAGAAGACUUAAACUUUGUUUGAGAUAUUUUCAGAUGUGUAUAAGGCAAAAACACAAUUAAGUAAUUUUUUUAAAAAUGAUAUAUGUUAUGAAUAUGCCUUCCCAGCAUUUUUUUUUCUAUCAUAAAAACAGGAACAUGCAACCAUGCAAUUCAGUGCUCAAAAACUUGACAAGAAAGAUUUUUUUGGGAAGUCGGACCCUUUCCUAACAUUCUAUCGAUCACAUGAAGAUGGCAGGUUUGUCUCCAAGUGAAAUUUACUGUUAUAAUUUUAUCAAGUUCACUUUGAUGCUACAGUGAUAAUUUGAAAUUCAAAAAACGUUCUACAAGUUUAUGAAUUGGUUAAUUGUUACCCCCCCCCCCCAGCAUCAUGCUUAUAAACUUGAAUAAUGUACUUCCAAUUCAUGUAGAUGAUGAAAUCAAUGUUCUGGAGUGUAGCUCAUUCGUCAUGUAGAUGAUGAAAGCAAUGUUCUGGAGUGUAGCUCAUUCGUCAUGUAGAUGAUGAAAGCAAUGUUCUGGAGUGUAGCUCAUUCGUCAUGUAGAUGAUGAAAGCAAUGUUCUGGAGUGUAGCUCAUUCGUCAUGUAGAUGAUGAAAGCAAUGUUCUGGAGUGUAGCCCAUUCGGUAAACCACUGCACAGUUCAUUUGGCUAAAUUCAGUGGGCCAAAGUACAUUUGAAGCUCUAGUAAAUUGUACACUUUCUGUAACAUAUGAUGGAUUUCUGUCAACUGAGGAUUGGGUAUCUCUCCAAUAUAAAUAAAUUACUUUUAACAAAUGCAAAAGAUCUUUUUACUUAGCUGAUGAUUUGUUCUGCAGAGUUCCACAUGAGUUGAAGAUCCACAAGUGCCAAAUUAUCUGCUAGAAAUAAAUACAAAUUUAAGUUAACUACAUUUUUUUUUGUCUGCACAGUUGUUUUUUUUUAAAUUUUGCAUUGCAGUAUCUACUUAAUUUUCCACAUUUUUUUUUCAGCUUAUAUUAUAUCUGCAUUUAAAUUUGAUUUUGAUCACAUAUUAUUGCUGCAAAAAUUUUUUAAAGUAAAACAAAAACCAUUUUCCUAUAAAAAUAUUGUUGAAACCAAAUUGCUGAAUGUAUGUUAUUUUGCCCAUAAAAAAUAAUUGAUAGUUAACAGGAUCUCAUCAUCAUCAUCAUCAUCUCCCUUAGUCCACGGAUGACAUGAAAACUAUCCCCUCCUUUCCUCUCUGUUUUCUGCACUUCACACAGCAUGGCUUAGUUUUAGUCCCAUCCACUCUUUGAUGUUAUCUUCCCAUCAUUUUCUUUGUCUUCCUCUCCCUCCUCUUGUUGUGCCCUGCAUGAUGAGCCCUUGUUUCCUUGUCACCAGGUGGUCAUCGUGCUGCCCAAUUGCCUGAUGAAUCCUUUCUUUCACUUGCUCAUUGGAGAUAUGGUCUCUAUAGCAGUUGCCAAGAAUGUUUCUGAAAAAUCUCAUCUCCAUUGCCUUUAUUUUGCUUUCAAGUUCUUAUGUUAAUGUCCAGGACUCACAGGCAUACAAGAAAAUGGAGAGGACUAAUGAGCGCAUCAGCCUGAUUUUGGUGAUGGGGGCUAAAUUUUUGUCGUUCCAUAUUUUCUUGAGCCUCUUUAGCGUUGUUGUGGUCUGGGAAAUCCUGGACAUCAAUUCAGGCUUGAAGCCUUCUUCCAAGACUAUUGCUCCUGGGUAUUUGAAACUGCCUGAAUCUUUCCUCCCCGACCUUAAUUUCAGUGGCUAUGCAGGUGGUGUUAUUCUUCAUCAAUUUUGUCUAUUCUGCACUGAUUUGCAUGCCAAAGGACGAUGAAGUCUUGUCCAGAGGCUUUUACUAGGUUGGCUAGCUCUUCUUCGUUCCCAGCCAGUCAAUCUAGGUCAUCCGCAAAGCGUAGGUUGGUGAUUGUUCUGCCACCAAUGUUGACUGUCCCUUCAUGCGCUUCCAGAGCAUCUGACAUAAUUCUCUCUAACAAGAUGUUGAACAGCAAGCAGCCUUGUCGUACUCCAACCCUGGUCUUGAACCAUUCUCCGAUGUUAUUGCUACUUGUGGCCUUAUCAUAGACGCUGCAUAUCAUUCUGAUUAGGUUUGUGUUGAUUUUGUAGUGCCUCAUGGUGGCCCAUAAAGCAGCAUGCCAAACUCUGUCAAAUGCCUUCUUGAAAUCCACAAAGAUGUGGUACAGGUUUUGUUGGUGUUGAGAGCAUAGUUCUCACAUAGUAUUCAGAGGUUUAGGAUCUGCUCAGUAGUGUCACAUCCUUGCCUGAAGCCCAUCUGUUCUUCAGCAAUGAUUUUGUCGGCAUAUGGUCUUAGUCUGUUCAAUAUGACCUUCAACAUGACGUUGCUUGGAUGGCUUAUUAGGCUAAUGGUGCAAUAGUUUUGGCAUAGAUGUAGGUUACCUUUCUUGGGGAGGGUGAUGAUGAGCGAUUGGGUCCAUGAUUUGGGCCAUUCCCCUGUCAGCCAUAUUCUGUUACAAAUAUUGAAUAGGGAACUUAUCAUUGCUUCUCCUUCUUGUUUCACCAACUGGGCAGGGAUAUUAUCCACUCCUGCUGCCUUUCCUAUUUGGAGUGCUUGGACUGCUGCUUCUACUUCUGCGUGGAGAAUAGGGUAGUUAACAUUGUUUGUUGCUGGAGGGACAUUAAGGAUCUCUGGGUCUAUCUUUGUAUUUUCAUUAUACAGCUCUGAGCAGGAUUCAGUCCAUCUUUUUAGGAAAUCAUUUUCUUCUGUCAAACAUUUACCAUUUUUAUCCUGUAUGAUAGUACUAUCCCCUUGCUUUGCAUUGGUUAGUUUUUUUCACCAACUGGCACCAUAUGCCUUUUUGCUAUUGUUUUUCUUCAAGCAGUUUUUAAUGUCCUAGCAUUGCUCUUCAAUCCAAACAAGAUCUACUCACAAUUAAAAAAAGAAUCACUCCCUUUUUUUUUUACUAUACUUUUGCAUCAUACAGAUUCAAUAUCUCAUGCCUUUUUUUAAUUUAUAAAAACUGAAAUAUGAUGCAGGUAAUCUUUGCAACUUUAGCAUCUAUUAAUCACAGAGAAAGAUGUAAAAUUAGUCUAUAUGUAACAUCUGUAUGAAUUAGCUUGUUAAACUUCUUUAGCAUUCAUUUCAGGCUGAAGGGUACCAGACUUCAUGUGGUAUAACUCAAUUGUAAUCCUCGUUACUCAACAUCUUAGGUGAUCACAACAUAUAAAUAACACAUUUUUAUGAGCUUUAUUUAUUUAACAAUCAAGCUCUUCAAAAAAAAAAAUUAAAAAAAAAAAGCAACAGAAAAAACCACCACAAAUAACCAUGAAAUAAUCAAGAAACAUUGACUAAACUUAACAGCCUGGAUCUAACAAAGAGCAUCAGCUUGUUCUGGAAGGAGACCCUAAUGACACCUAUCAAGAAAUUAUGAUAUAUUUAGUUACACAUUAAACUUAACACCAAUGCUAAUACUGACCAUUGCUUACUCUAGAAAUUAGUCAGAUGCUGUAGGCUCAGCUGGAGAGCAAGCAUCCAUAGUUGUAAUUUUAUGUUCCUGUGGUUCACGUGGAUGCGCUGGUACAAUCAUGACAAAGCAUAACAUUUUGACUAGAGAGUCAUAAGGCUUAUCAAGAAACUACUGUUGAUUGACAUAUUUGCCCUUUCCAUGUGUGCUAACCUGCCAUGCUCCUUUAACUUCACAGUUGAGACAGAAUCUUUUGUCCAGCUGUUUGUGACUGUAAAGCUAUUUGUUUGCUUCAAUAAGCUUGGAAGUGUUGCCUACAUGUUUUAUAGAUUAAUGGAUUGGGUGAAGAAAAAUAGUUUAAAAAGGCUUUGUCGCCUUGCCAUCAUUUAGAGUUGUUUUCUUUUAGAUAAUAAUAAUAAUAAGUGGUCUUAUAUAGCGCGGUACCCCGGCCUAGGGCUGGGCUCACCGCGCUGUACAUAAAUAUAGCAAAGAGGCAUAAUCAUAAUAUUAAAAUAAAAUACAUAAAUGAAAUAAAAACAGAUACAUAUUAUUCUGAGACACACAAAAAUACCUCCUGCAUAGUAUUAUGGUAUUAGUAUAAUAUCUAGACAAAUAAAUAAGUUUUUGAUAUUAGUGAGUAUUCAGUAUAUUAUAUUAUUAAUUUAAGUUUAAUUUGUAAUUUUAAUUAUGUGUGUCAAUUUUGAAAAAAGGAAGGAAAUAUUUCUUAUUAGAUUCUUGCCAAAUAGAAUAACUGUUUUAAAAAAGUAGCGUAGAUGUAUAAACAUUACAUGUUUUUCGGUCCCUAGCUUCACAGUAGUGCACAGAACAGAAGUUAUCAAGAAAACUUUAAACCCAACAUGGCGACCCUUUGCUAUCCCAGUCAGAGAUCUGUGUAAUGGAGAUUAUGACAGGUGAAGUAGAUUUGCAGAUAUUUAUUAAUUUGAAAGAAUAUCCCUAGCAACAUAUCUUAAUUUUCAGUGUUUCUCUAUUUGUAACAUAGAGGGGUUCUUGGGGGUGAAAAAAAAGAGUGUGACCCCCCUCACCCCUCUCAAAAAAUCUGUAUUUAUUUCAAAUACAGUGCAUUGUGGAAAAAAGUAUAGGAAUUCCGAUCACAUGCAAUGGUGCAGGACUUCCCAGCCCUGCUUUUAUUUUUAACUAAAUAAGCAUUAUUCAUGAAAAUUAUUCAUAUUAUAUAACAACCAACCUAGGCUUUACCCACAUCUUUUUCAUAUGUCUGAGCUAUGACUAUAAUAGCCUGACCAAAAGUUUUAUAUUAUCAAGUCUAAGCUGUCUCUAAAUACAUGCAAAUCUUCACAACAUUUCUACACUCGCAUGUAAUACACUAAUCUGUGCUCAACAACUUGAACAUAAAUAUUUUCUUUUUAAACUAAUAAUAAAACUAUUUCAUAUCAUAGUAUCAUUUAACUUUUGAGAAGUGGGCCUUUUCUUUAAAAAAAAAUAUAUUUGACCUCAUUUUCAAAAGUAUUACUCACAUUAGACCCUUAUCUGCUUACCGGGUACUGAAUUUUUAUAAAAAUGACAAAAUAGGAGUUAACAUGGCCAUUUUGCAGAUGAAUUAAACUAAUAGCUAUGUUUUAAUACUUAUAUUUUAUGACCAAAUAACCACCAUGCCUCUGACACACAGUUAAAAAAAUUAAAAUGAACAGCUAUAUUUUACAUUCUGUUAAGCAUAGUGAUUUUUAUGGCCAUGAUAAAAUACACAUAUGAUUUCAAUCUUUGAAAAUACUUUUAAUAUAAGACAAUAUUUAACAGACAGAAGAAGAAUUUACUCACAAGUCACGUUUUUUGUUUUUCCAAUCUUUUAUGUUAUAAAAUGUUUCAAAUUAAGAGGUUGCAUCGAAAAUGAAAUCAGAUAAUCUUAUUUAUGAGUUUAUUGCUUUUAUUUGCUUGGAUGUAUAGUUUUAAUAUGCUUCAUCUCAUUUUCUAUUUAUCAUUUUCACAGAGCUAUUAAAGUUGAAUGCCAUGACUGGGAUGCUGAUGGCGGGUAAGUUGGACAAUUUUCUCUUUUCAAAAUGCUAACAAUCUUUAAGGGAAAUUUUAUCUGCUAAAAAUUUUUAGAUUCGAAUAUGUGUUUAUGUGUUUUUAGGAAAAUAAUCUGAUCUGGACCUAGCAUACUUUUUUUUUAGCACAAAUAAAAAUUCUCAUAGACAUAGAUUGACAUAGACAUAUUGUAUUUUAUGUAAUUUCAGGUAUUCUCUAAAUAUUAUGUUAACUGAAUAAGGCUUUUAUCCCAAACAAUGUAAUUUUUUUUUCUUCUACUGAAGUAAAGUUUAAACCACUUGUUUGCACCCCUUUGUCCAACAAUUAAAAAAAAAAUAAUAAGUUAGUGUAGCAGACUUAAAAAUCUAAGAGUUUAUCAACAGAUACCAAAACCUUAUGUAAAAAAAAAUUUUUUUAUAGGCAGCAUCCUAAUAAUUGUCCCGUCAUUGUAAUUUAAAUUUGAUGUUAAACCCUUUGUCUAUGGGCAAUGCUCAUCUCAUUUUUUGGAUGGGUAAGUUAAAGAAUACGCUGACAUUGAUAGAUCUUGAAGCUACAACAAAAUAAUCACUUAGAUAUAAAAUAGUUAAUGAACAGGUGAUUUUAAAUUUCAGACAUGAUUUUAUUGGUUCAUUUAUUACUACAUUACGAGAGCUGUCGAAUGGUCCUGGUGAUGGUACAGUUUUUGAGGUAGGCCUGUCUUUCCGAUCUGCCAAUACCUGUAUGGGUGAAGAACAUCUGACCAGUUUUGAAACUGAGGGUGCCGAGAAUGGCUGCCAGUAAUUAAACGUUAUAAGUAUGAAUGCAUGGAAACUCAUUCAAAGUCCAACAAUGCCUAAAUUUUAAGGAACCAGCGGAAAACACAACUAGAGGAAUAAUUAAGUGCAGUAAAAGGCAAUUGUUAAAAGACAUAUUAGAUGAGUCUUCUAAUGGACACUAAAGUUUCCAGUAUGAUCCAGGUGUGAAUGUUUGUCAAAGAGUUGGGGGUGCAUACCCAUUCUCUCUUCUUCUCUUCGCACAUGCAAUUACCAGCCAUCCCCCCACUGAAAAGAAAAAAUAUUAUAUUGGUUCACUCCCCUUGUUAUUUUCUUUUCAGUAGUUGUAAGAGCUUUUUUAUGCUUUUAGACAGAGUUCAGUAUUUAACUUGGAUGUAGGAACGGAGCAAAGAAAUAUGUCUUCCUAACAUUGUCUUUGAGGGAAUGAUCAGUGAAAUUCUAAUUGCUACAAUAUCGUCAUCCUAUUUCUCUCAAACUUAAUGAAUAUAUAACUUUAACCACAAAUGAAUUGAUUAGUUUGGCAAUAUUACUGAAUCUGCUACAAUAAUUAUUAUUUGUACUUUAGUAGCUAAAUUAUUAAUGCAGCUCAAUUAUUUAUUAUUUUUAGUUCAUAAAUCCCAAGAAACAGAAGAAAAAAGGAAAAAGUUAUAAAAAUUCUGGAACUGUAAGUCCUUGCUGUUUGGUUUGUUCUUGAAAAAAAAAAUUCUAAUCACAAAUGUGCUUCUAAAAUGUAAGAUUUAUUGGUAUACUUAAAAUGUAAAGAAAAUCAAAAAGUUUCUCAACUUUACUGAUGUUGUGGCAAAAUAAAAAAAUGCAAAGUCAGUGCAGCAACUUAAAAAAUAUUAUUUGUUUAUAAUUUGUAAAUUGUAUAAACACCUUGUGCGAAUUAUGUAUUAUAUAAGUGUUAAGGUAAUGAAGAAUGUUCAUGCUAAACUAAUGUCUAGCUGUGAAUUACAAAUGAACAAAAUAAUACUCUCUGCAUGAUCUAAUUUCAUUAAAAAAAAUUUUUUGACAGGGAAAACUUUUGUCUUUUAGAGUUGAAACAGUGUACACAUUUCUAGAUUACAUAAAUAAAGGAGGGUGAGUUAUAUGCAAUUUAAUAUUAUGAUGGUUAGCUGUUAAAAUGCAUGUUGAAUUGAUUGAAUUUGAGGAUGUGUUUUUAAAACAAAAAAAAGGAAGGUGAGUUUUUUUUAAACUGAAUAAUGACUUGUUUACAGUGCUCAUCUUUGAUUAACAAUGUGCUAUUAAAAAAUUUCUUAUAAGUAAAAAAAAUUAGUUUGAUGAUAAUAAUAAUUUUGACAGGAUGAAAAUUCACUGCACAUUUGCCAUAGACUUCACAGCAUCCAACGGAGACCCCAAAUCUCCCACAUCCCUCCACUAUAUGAAUCCUUACAGGCCAAACCCUUAUGCCACCUCAAUCAAAGCUGUCGGGGAUAUCAUCCAAGACUAUGACAGGUAAGUACACAGGAUUACAUUAAAGUGUAUCUUUGAAAGUUUAAUUAUCUUAAAAUAGUUUUGUUUUCGUGCUAAGGUAAAGGUGUAAGUCACAUUUUCCUAUAUUCCUACCAUUUUUAAUCUCAAAAUUUUCCUUAGCACAUCAUAUAUGCUGUCUCGUCCUCCUCCUCCUCCCCUCCUCCCACCCCCCACCCCUUCAUCUACAAAAGCAAAGCAUUUUAGAGUGUGGUAUAUUUUAAAUUAACUAUAAGUAUUUUAAAUUUUUUUAUCUGACUGCUCUGAUUAUUUUUCCUCACAUCAUUGAUCCUCUUAUCACUUGAAUGUUAUACAUUGUUGUAAAUUUUACAUUUUAAUUCCUAGAAUAAUCUUAUUCAUUAACCAUACAUCACAAAAAACAACUGAGGCACACUUCUUUAAGGCAAAAUAUUCUAUUAUACCUUAAAUUUUUGUAAAAUUUAUAUAUUUAUAUAUUUCUCAGUGCGAAAAUGUUUCCAGCUCUUGGCUUUGGAGCAAGGCUACCACCUGAUGGAAUGGUUUCACAUGAAUUUGCCUUGGUAAAAACAUGCUUUAUCAUAAAAUUGCUGUCAUAAGAUUUAAAUAUAUAAAUUUGAAAAGGGACCUUUAAAAAAUUUAAUCCCAUUUUAAGAAUUGUUCAAAGGGAUAUUUGAAUAAUUUAAAUAUUUUUUUUGGUCUAUUAUCAGGGCAAUUUAGCUUGUUGAAAAAGCAAAUUAUUAUUGUGCAUGACUAUAAUUUUUAAAAUUAACGUUUUUAGCAGAAUAAUGUCAGCACUUAUUGUAAUGGUAUGGUUUACUAAAACUAACAAUUUUAAUGACUUUGAAAUUGAGAUUCACAGAGGGACUAUACUAUCAGCUAUUUCUUUGCUUUCUUUGGAUGCACUAUUGUGUUAUUACACCAUGAGCAUUUCAUAGUCUCAAUCUUGGCUCUUUUGUGUUCAAAUUUCAGAAUGGCAAUUCUGCAAAUCCAUACUGCCCAGGAAUCCAAGGAGUAAUAGAAGCCUAUCACAGGACACUCUACUCUGUGCAACUUUAUGGGCCCACCAACUUUGCUCCCUGUAUUAACCAUGUGGCCAGGUAAACUUUCUAAUUGUCCCAGUAUUAAAAGAUGCUAUUUUAAUGCUGGUGUGCACCUGACUGUAAGACCACCAGUGCUUAGGCAUGCAACCUCUCCCACCUCUGAAUAUUUAAUGAGCUAUGGAGACCCCCCUGUCACCAUGUAAGAAAUAAACCCCGGUGACCCCCAUCUCAAGGUUGAGUCACAGCGGCACUAGUUUAUAAUAGAGUAAACUCUUUUUGUUUAGUUGAACCCUUUAUGACUCAAUUUACAGCAAAAUGAAUCUAACUAUAGCAGUGUUUGGCAAAUCGCAGCUUGCGAGCCGCAUGCAGCUCUUUAGUGACCUGAGUGCGGCUCAGCCAAUUAGCCACAAAUCGGUUUUGACUCCAAAAAAUAUGGUUCUUGACAAGAAACUUGUCUCUCAAAAACAUUGUAAUCCUCCCGCUGCUGAUUUUUCGCUCUUUUGACUAAUGAAUUUGCCGACCACUAGAGGAUUAAGUUUCCUAAUGCAAGUUUUUACAACCGGUUUGAAAUACAAUGUAAAGUGGAUCCCCCUAAAUCUGUAAUCUGAACAAACAGACGUGUAGAACUGAGCUUUCAACCAUCACUAAGUUCCCUUUACUUCAUGAACAAUCACCAUGAUCCUGAAAUAGUCCAAGAACUAUCUUGAGCUCGUAUCUCAAAGAUUAGACAGCCGUAUCUCAAAGAUUAGACAGCCGUAUCUCAAAGAUUAGACAGCCGUAUCUCAAAGAUUAGACAGCCGUAUCUCAAAGAUUAGACAGCUGUAUCUCAAAGAUUAGACAGCUGUAUCUCAAAGAUUAGACAGCUGUAUCUCAAAGAUUAGACAGCUGUAUCUCAAAGAUUAGACAGCUGUAUCUCAAAGAUUAGACAGCUGUAUCUCAAAGAUUAGACAGCUGUAUCUCAAAGAUUAGACAGCUGUAUCUCAAAGAUUAGACAGCUGUAUCUCAAAGAUUAGACAGCUGUAUCUCAAAGAUUAGACAGCUGUAUCUCAAAGAUUAGACAGCUGUAUCUCAAAGAUUAGACAGCUGUAUCUCAAAGAUUAGACAGCUGUAUCUCAAAGAUUAGACAGCUGUAUCUCAAAGAUUAGACAGCUGUAUCUCAAAGAUUAGACAGCUGUAUCUCAAAGAUUAGACAGCUGUAUCUCAAAGAUUAGACAGCUGUAUCUCAAAGAUUAGACAGCUGUAUCUCAAAGAUUAGACAGCUGUAUCUCAAAGAUUAGACAGCUGUAUCUCAAAGAUUAGACAGCUGUAUCUCAAAGAUUAGACAGCUGUAUCUCAAAGAUUAGACAGCUGUAUCUCAAAGAUUAGACAGCUGUAUCUCAAAGAUUAGACAGCUGUAUCUCAAAGAUUAGACAGCUGUAUCUCAAAGAUUAGACAGCUGUAUCUCAAAGAUUAGACAGCUGUAUCUCAAAGAUUAGACAGCUGUAUCUCAAAGAUUAGACAGCUGUAUCUCAAAGAUUAGACAGCUGUAUCUCAAAGAUUAGACAGCUGUAUCUCAAAGAUUAGACAGCUGUAUCUCAAAGAUUAGACAGCUGUAUCUCAAAGAUUAGACAGCUGUAUCUCAAAGAUUAGACAGCUGUAUCUCAAAGAUUAGACAGCUGUAUCUCAAAGAUUAGACAGCUGUAUCUCAAAGAUUAGACAGCUGUAUCUCAAAGAUUAGACAGCUGUAUCUCAAAGAUUAGACAGCUGUAUCUCAAAGAUUAGACAGCUGUAUCUCAAAGAUUAGACAGCUGUAUCUCAAAGAUUAGACAGCUGUAUCUCAAAGAUUAGACAGCUGUAUCUCAAAGAUUAGACAGCUGUAUCUCAAAGAUUAGACAGCUGUAUCUCAAAGAUUAGACAGCCGUAUCUCAAAGAUUAGACAGCUGUAUCUCAAAGAUUAGACAGCACUUUUCUCAAAGAUAAGACGACACUUUUCUCAAAGAUAAGACAGCCGGAUCUCAAAGAUUAGACAGCUGUAUCUCAAAGAUUAGACUGCACUUUUCUCAAAGAUAAGACGACACUUUUCUCAAAGAUAAGACAGCCGUAUCUCAAGUUGUAAAAACGAUCACUGUAAUUUAUUAAGCAAUAUGGAGAGUACUGAAGGGAAAAUUUCGUUGGUCUACACAAGUAUUCUUGAUUCUGGAAAACUCACAUCUGUUUCACAACUGUAGCUGCUCUCUCCUUUGUCUCAUAGACUUGUAAAAAACAUUCCCAAUGCUUUCAUUAGACUUUCAUGUAUAUCAUACUGUUUCUUUAAAAUGAAAAAUACUCUCAGUAUCACACCAUUAUAGUUUCUCAAGAUUUAAAUGUUCUCUUCGUUCUCAUUCUUAAAUCCCAAUCAUUUCUGCUCCCUUUGUUUUCUUUGUCAUUGAAAAAAUCCCUGGAAAUCAGAAAAUAAUAUUAAAUUAAAAUUCUUAUGAUAUAAUUUGGUUGCCACUUCUUCCCCAUGAAGUUCAAAAUCUGCUUGAGCUUUAGAAGCAUGUAUAAAAGAAAACGUCUAGCUCCGGUCCAGCUCAAAAAGAUUACUCAGAGCUAUGGCUCAAUUUCUUAACCCUGGGAAGAUCUUAUUUAAGAAACCUUAUUUAACAUAUAGAAAUAUAGACACAAAAAACAUGUGCAUUGAAAAAAGAUAAAAUUGGUAUUUUCUAGAUUUGCACAUUUAACAAAGCAAAAAAUUAAGUGGAAAAGGUUGGUUUAUUUGGUUUGACAGAUUUGCAGCAGCUGGUCAAGAUGGCAGGAACUACUUCAUUCUUCUGAUAAUUACGGAUGGAAUAAUUACAGACAUGCCCCAGACAAAGGAGGCCAUUGUUAAUGUAAGAUGUGUCUUUUUUAAAAAUACUUCAACUAACUUUGUAUUUGUUAUGGGGGUUUAAAAAAAAAGUCUUAGAUUGAAUGGCUGAAUGUUUUGAAAGAUGACAUUCUUCAAAAUGGGCUUCAAAGAUUGGUGCAUCUGUUGUUCUUAUUGGAAAGGGCCUUUGUCAGGAUUUUCAAUCAGGAGCAUACAAACAAACUUGCUUGGAGAUGAACAAUUAUUUUUAUUCCAGCUUCUUUUGCUAGGCCUGGGGGUUAAUUUUGUAGGCAACACUAAAUGCAAAAGCUCUAGUUUAAAUUUCAGCUGAAAAUUUAAUUUAUUUUUGUUAAAAGCCAAUGUUUAGAUAAUGAUCAAGUGUAUAGUUAAUGAUCCAGUGUAUAGUUAAUUAAUGAUCCAGUAUAUAGUUAUGUUGUGAGAUGGUGUUCGGUAUUUUUGCAGUUUUCAGUUGGAUUUUACUUGGAGGACAACAAAUUUGAAAAAAAAUAAAUUAUUAAUGGAUUAAUUGCAAAAUUUGCAUUUAUAAAAACCUAUAUCUAGGGCAUUGCUUCUCAAACUAUUAAGAGCAUGCAGGAAUUUUUACUUAUAGACUGUUGCUCAAUAUAUUGAUUUUCCUUUGAUUGUUUACUUGGUAUCAUGCCAAUCGACAAAUUAAAUGUGCACCCAUUCUGAGACACAACUGCAAUAUUUAGACAGCUUGGUAAUAAUCUCAUCGCCGCCCCUAUUUUUAUCAACACACUUUUAUCUUAUGUUCCCCACAAUGAAACAUUUGUUUUUCCUGCUCUUGAGCCAUCAUGCCACGACACAACUAGCAUCUUCUAAUGGCACAUGAAGCUCUGAUCUAGACCAUUCACCCAGUUAUCCUUUUAAAGAUCAAUGCAUUAAACAUCCAACUAUCAUUUUCUCAGGCAGCAAGUCUUCCAAUGUCAAUAAUCAUCAUUGGUGUAGGAGAUGCUGACUUUGAAGGUAAAACAUUUUAUACAUGGCAGCCAGUGUUAAUGACUUUGAAAGUAAAACAUUUUAUACAUGGCAGCCAGUGUUAAUGACUUUGAGGGUAAAACAUUUUAUACAUGGCAGCCAGUGUUAAUGACUUUGAGGGUAAAACAUUUUAUACAUGGCAGCCAGUGUUAAUGACUUUGAGGGUAAAACAUUUUAUACAUGGCAGCCCGUGUUAAUGACUUUGAAAGUAAAACAUUUUAUACAUGGCAGCCAGUGUUAAUGACUUUGAAAGUAAAACAUUUUAUGCAUAGCAGCCAGUGUUAAUGACUUUGAAAGUAAAACAUUUUAUACAUGGCAGCCAGUGUUAAUGACUUUUAGGGUAAAACAUUUUAUACAUAGCAGCCAGUGUUAAUGACUUUGAAAGUAAAACAUUUUAUACAUGGCAGCCAGUGUUAAUGACUUUGAGGGUAAAACAUUUUAUACAUGGCAGCCAGUGUUAAUGACUUUGAGGGUAAAACAUUUUAUACAUGGCAGCCAGUGUUAAUGACUUUGAGGGUAAAACAUUUUAUACAUGGCAGCCAGUGUUAAUGACUUUGAGGGUAAAACAUUUUAUACAUGGCAGCCAGUGUUAAUGACUUUGAGGGUAAAACAUUUUAUACAUGGCAGCCAGUGUUAAUGACUUUGAGGGUAAAACAUUUUAUACAUGGCAGCCCGUGUUAAUGACUUUGAAAGUAAAACAUUUUAUGCAUAGCAGCCAGUGUUAAUGACUUUGAAAGUAAAACAUUUUAUGCAUAGCAACCAGUGCUAUGACUUUGAAAGUAAAACAGUUUAUACGUAGGAACCAGUGUUAUGACUUUGAAAGUAAAACAGUUUAUAUGUAGGAACCAGUGUUAUGACUUUGAAGGUAAAACAUUUUAUACAAAGCAACCAGUGUUAAUGACUUUGAAAUUAAAACAUUUUAUAUAUAGCAACCAGUGCAUUGACUUAGGUUAACCGUUUAAUAUAUAGCAACCAGUGCUAUGACUUUGAAGGUAAAACAUUUUAUACAUUGCAACCAGUGCUAUGACUUUGAAAGUAAAGCAUUUUAUACAAAGCAACCAGUGCUAUGACUUUGAAGGUAAAAACAUUUUAUACAUAGCAACCAGUGUCAUCUUACACAAUAAUCUUAAGUUUCUUACCAUUUUCUUUGAGUCACAAGUUUUUAUUUUUUAACUUAACCCAGCGCAUGGAAAAGUGAGAUUACUGGGUUAAAAGAGUUGGCAUGGAAAAAUACGACUAAACUUUUCUUACACAAUUUCAAUAUCUUUAACUACUUUAAGAAUAAUAUAGUUUUUUUUUUAAAAUGCUCAUUAAAGAUAAAAUAAAUAUAUAAAGGACAAUAUAUGUUGGGCUUCGCUCCAGCCCUGUGAAGGAAGUAGUGGAACAAGGUAUGUGAAGGAAGUGGUGGAACAAGGUAUGUGAAGGAAGUGGUGGAACAAGGUAUGUGAAGGAAGUGGUGGAACAAGGUAUGUGAAGGAAGUGGUGGAACAAGGUAUGUGAAGGAAGUAGUGGAACAAGGUAUGUGAAGGAAGUGGUGGAACAAGGUAUGUGAAGGAAGUAGUGGAACAAGGUAUGUGAAGGAAGUGGUGGAACAAGGUAUGUGAAGGAAGUGGUGGAACAAGGUAUGUGAAGGAAGUGGUGGAACAAGGUAUGUGAAGGAAGUGGUGGAACAAGGUAUGUGAAGGCUUGAUAUGAAAAGACAGGACAAUCACAGGAGAAUGUUUGGGGUAGAAAUCUUCUACAGCAGACAAGAUAAAACAAGAAACAACAUAGAGUUAGAAAUGAGUUCAAAAAAACUUUGUCAGUGAUGGAAAUGGAAAGCUUAUGUUUGCAUAGUCAUAAAAUUGUUAACUCAAACUUUGUCUUCAUUCUUUCAGCAAUGGAAGUUUUAGAUGGUGAUGAUGUCAGGUUGACAUCUAAAGGGAAAACUGCAGAAAGAGAUAUUGUCCAGGUAAGAAUGGCUUUUAAUAAAAUGAGACUCGUUGAUAUAUCUUAAACAUAAAUGUUUGAAUGGCUUUAAUGAUACAGCUAUGUAAUGACAUGGUAAUGUAAUGAUAUAGUAAUGUAAGGAUAGGGUACUGUAAAGAUACUGUAAUUUUGUAAUGAUAGUGAUGUAAUGAUACAGUAAUGUAAUGAUACAUUAAUAUAAUGAUUUAGUAAUGGAAUGAUAUAGUAUUGUCAAUGAUUAUGUAAUGAUACAGUUAAGACAUGUAAACACUAUUAGCUCAUAUUUUUUUCAAAUCUUUUCAGUUUGUUCCUAUCCGCAACUUUCUAGGGCGCAGUCAAGAAGAUUGGGCUACAGUACACGAAAGGCUAGCUAAAGAAGUUCUAGAAGAGAUUCCACAGCAGUUCCUGUCGUACAUGCAAAGACAUAAUAUCAAACCAGUUACCAAUGAACAAUGACCCACUAAUCAUAAAUUUCAAGCCAUGUGACUUACAGUACUGCUGCACUUGUAUGUCAAGCACUUUCAUAAUUACAUGUUUUUCAUUCAUAGUUAUUAUUUUGAAUGAGGUAACAAAAGAAUUUUAUUGAUUGCAAAGUAAAUUUUCAAUUUUUUAGAAUGUGGUAAAAAAUUUGUGAUGGUGAAAAUUAAGAUGUUAAAAUUAUUAUCAAUGUACAUCAUGUUUGUGAAAAUGUUCAUUAUUUUUUUGUAUGCUUUGAUAAAUUUUUUUUCCAAGUAUUUCUUGACAACAUUUGCUUAUGUUAAAAAUGUUGAAACCCUAUACUCCAAAGAAGAUUUUAUUUAACUUUUAAAAUGUAAAUAUUUUUUUAAACCAAACCUAAUUUAUGUCACCAUGUACAAACCACACUUUAAUUUUUAAAACCCACGCAAAAAUUUUGUGCCUUCUUGUUUUCAAGUAUAAAUUUAUUUUCUGAAAUAAAAAAAAUAUAGGCUACAUAUUCAUAAUGCCACGUUUAGUAAAAAUCAACUGAAAAAAAAAGGUUAAAAAAAAAAAAAAGUUUUUGUCGGAAUAUCUAUUUUUUCAAGUUAAAUUCAAGUGAGGAAAAGUAUUUUUAAAAUGCUCAUCAAAAUGUAUCUUGCUGAAGGGAAAGUAGGAUGUUUAUCGACAUAAAACCUUUAUACCCCAACUUUUAUUUCAGCUAAUAAUAUACCAGUAGCCUCUUUACUUUUGAUAAAUGAAAUUUAACUUCAUUAUCUGCAUUUCUGGCAUUUAAAAUUUUUUUAUUUCUGAUCUGAUUUAAAGAGCUUCAGGCUAGCAGCAUUCAGUAAUCUUCAUUUUUCUAAUUCCUGCGCAUUCUUGUCUGUUUUGAAGCUUACAGCAAUGUAGACCUGUUUUUUUUUUGCUUCCUUAAAAAUUACAAAUAACAUGUAAAUCAUGUUGAUUGUACAAGAAAUAAAAUAUUCAUCCUGGUGAAAAAAUGGAGGAGGAGGAGGACCGUCUUCCUGUAAAGAAAGUUGAUUUAUUAUCAAAGACGUCAGUUUGGUUAAUGUGAAUGGCAAUUUAAUAGCAUCACAUUUCAUUGUGUUCAAGGCUGUUUAUCUUACGGUGUUUACAGGCGUUAAAAUGUUUUUAACUCAGGUCGUUGAUCAUCAGGGCCAGCAAAAUGAUUCAAAAUUAUUGUAAAAAAUGACAAAAUUGUGUCAAAUAAAUUUUUAUUUAAGGGAACUUAAAAAAUCAAUGUAAAAAUCUUACAGCUAAAUUUUUAAAAAUAUUUUCAAUAAAUUUGAAGGAUUAUUUUAAGUUAAUAUGUCUUAGAUAUAAAAAAAAAAUGUUAGGUUUAAAUGAUAAGCUGUUACAUAGUCAAUGAUGCAAUUAUGGCAGUAAUUGUGUAAUAAUUAUUGACUGAAAUGAUGAAUGGAUAUCCAAAGUCCAAAAAUCUGAUUCAAGUUAAUUCACAAUUUCCAUUAAAUAGAAUGGGACAAGUCUGUUCUAACCAUUUCAGGUAACAAUUAAAAUCCUAGAUUAUUAAUCUUCAUUACUAGAAGAAGUUGUGAGAAAUGCUUACAAAUCUGGGAUGUGAUUUUUUUUUCAUGUGGCUUACUUGUAAAAAUAGUUGACUAAUAUCGUAAGUUCUGCAUAAUUUUUUAAAGAAAACUUUAACUUUGAAACACACUGAUGUAAAUAAUUAAGCAGUUGAAGAUGAGCUGUCUCUUGGUGUAUACAAAAAUUGCCCACUGCAAUUCAUACCCAGGAACUCAUUCAACUGCUCUAUUGAUCAUUAUCUACCUUAUAAUUAAUAUAAUAGGAAAUUCAGUUUUCCCCUAGUGUUGAAAUUAUGCGUCAAAGAUACAUUUUUAAACAAAAUAAAUGCUGAAUAUUCAUCUUUAUCCCCCCCCCAACCCCGCGAUAUUUUUGCAAUUUUUUUAAUGCCACAAGGUGUAAAUUUAAUUUUUUAUUUUUAUCAUACUUUAUUAUAAACUGCUACAAUGUUUUCCGCAAAUCAUGUUAUUUUUUUUACUGUUAAAGAUAAUUGUGAUGUUGAUACCAAGAUAUUUGCAUAAUUUUAUUGUUUAUUAACCUGUCAUACAUGUAAUCCUUAUAUACUCUGGGGAAGGUAGUGGUGUUGGAUAAAGAUUACAGGUGUGCAUGGGGGACAAAUUCAAACCUGCUAUCUUUUGGUUGAGAGGCACACAGCAUUUCAAUGCCGUCACAGACCUCAUGAUUGUUUUAAUAAUAAGUCGUACCCCAUGCCUUGCUCAGGUGUAAUUUUCAUGUUUUUUUCCAUCUCAAAGUGAAAAUGAGAAUCAGUUUCAUUUUGAUGUUAGAUUUAAUUUACACUUGUUCAACAUUAGUGUUGUUUACUGUCAAUAAUAAUUAAUGAACAUUUUUUAAACAAGAAAAGUUGCAUUUUUAUAAUGAACUUGAAUAGAUCUAAAUGUUCAAUUUAUGUUUUGAAUUAAAAAACAAAUGUCAAAUUUGACCAAUUUAUCACGGUUGACAUAAAAUUCAUCAUGACUUCUGUUUAAAAAAUAAUUUAUUUUUUUUAGAAAAGUGCAACAAAUAAGUUAUGCUGAAUUAAUUUGUUUCUGAGCUCAAGCAAAUUGUUUACUAGAAAAAAAUUAUUUUUAAUACCCAGCUUAUUGGCACCCAAAAAUUACAAGGUGCAAAAAGGUGGUAAGAGGUAUGGAAACAUAUACCGGUCUAUAUAUAUAUUUGCAAAGCUGAUAUAUAAAUGAUUCAUGUGUUAUAUAUAAAAUGCACUCAUAUAUUAUAUAUACUUUCAAUUAAGUUUUUUAAAAUAUUUCCUUCAACAUCAAAGAUUUAUCUCUUAUAAUUCUUUUAUUUGCUAUUAUUUUUUGAAUCCUUCCA